GAUGUUUGUAUCUGUUACGUGGGCUGUCGCCAACAAGCGCGUGACUUUUCCCCACACAGCUUUCUGUUAAGGCUGUGAUCAUGGCUGCUACACUUUGUGUUGUUUUUGCACUUUUAGCUUCUGUUCACACUUGUGAUGGGAAGUUGCGUUUUGCCUCCUACUAUGGAGACCACAUGGUGCUGCAGAAGUCUCCAGAGAGAGCUGUGCUGUGGGGAUAUGGCCCUGAGGGUGCACAGGUUACCGUCUCCUUGUCAGGUUUAUUUAAACGGCAAGCCUCACUGGUCACUGUGACAAACGGCAUUUGGCAAGUGACCCUUGACCCUGUUGCUGCUGGUGGUCCAUAUAAUGUGACAGCAAAAGUUCAAAACGAUUCAGCUACUCUUACAGAUGUGCUGUUUGGAGACAUUUGGAUGUGUGGAGGGCAGAGCAACAUGUGGUUUAACAUGACUCAGAUUUUCAAUGCAACAGAGGAGCUGUCUGUUGUUGCUAAGUAUCCUUAUGUGAGGCCUUUUAUGGUAGCCUUGAACACAAGUGACAUCGAGUUAAUGGAUCUGAUAGAAGUAGAGAUUCCCUGGUCUGUGCCCACUGCCAGUGUGGUGGAAGAGUUUUCUGCUGUGUGCUGGCUCUUUGGACGUUACAUGUAUGAGACCUUGAAGUACCCCAUAGGACUGGUGGAGUCCUGUUGGGGUGGCACACCGGUCGAAGUGUGGUCAUCUUCAAGAGCCCUGAAACAGUGUCAAGAAGUGCCAGUUGUAGACGGACCUAAAGAAAAUUCUAUUUUGUGGAAUUCAAUGAUCCACCCAUUGCUCAAUAUGACCAUCAAAGGAGCCCUCUGGUACCAAGGUGAGGCCAAUGCAGAGUAUAACCAGGACAAGUACAACUGUUCCUUCCCGGCUAUGAUUGAUGACUGGAGGUUGGCAUUUCAUCAGGGCUCAGGGGGGCAAACAGCUCCCGACUUCCCCUUUGGGUUUGUCCAGCUGUCCACUUACAUAAAGAGCUCCAAAGAUGAUGGCUUUCCAAACAUCCGAUGGCACCAAACAGCAGACUUUGGUUUUGUUCCUAACCUCAGGAUGAAGAAAACCUUCAUGGCUGUGGCUUUGGAUUUACCAGAUGCAACUUCACCGUAUGGCACGAUCCAUCCCAGAGACAAGCAGGAUGUAGCCUAUAGACUGACACUGGGUGCUAGGGCUGUGGCUUAUGAGGAAGAGAACGUGCCCUUCCUCGGACCUUUCCCCAAAGUAAUUGCUUCCACUCAGAUCUACGUCAACAUUACCUAUGACCAGGCAGUCUCUGUCACAUCAUCCAAAGACAUCUUUGAGGUCUGUUGCUCGGAUAUUUGGGCUCCAUGUGGGCCUAAGUCCCUUUGGCUUCAAACUCCUAUAGUGGGGUGGGAUCUGACCACCAUCCAGGUGUCAGCUGCUGUGUGUCAGUCGUCUGAAGUCGCUGCUGUUCGAUACGCUUGGAGAGACUGGCCCUGUGAGUUUAAAGCCUGUCCAGUCUACAGCGCCAGUCGGAUUUUACCAGCUCCUCCUUUCAUCAUCAAUCACUCUUCAUGGAAAGGAGGCGUUUGGAAAAGCUACUAACCCUGAAACUGUGACAAGACCUUUGUCUCUACAGUCAGUUGGGAUAACUGGGCAAGGUGUUGAUUGGCGACCUCUCCAGGGUUUGUAAUAGGCUCAGAGCAGCUUGUCUGUUCAUUUUGUAAUUCCAUUUGGUGAAAACACUUUGUCUUCAUGAAAUUUGAUGAAUCUUCAUGAAAUUUGAUGAAUAAAAUAAUAAAAAUCUCCAUACCAUUUCUUUAUUACUUUGAAUAUGACCUUUUACUUUAAAAAUAGUUGUAUUUCAUUGAUCAGAAACAUCUAGAACUAAUAAAAAAAUAAAUAAUCCCUUUAUAGGUUUCACAAUACAGUACAAUGUAUCAGGAACAGAAUGGUUUGAAACUGAAUUUUACUUUCAUUGUCAAACUAAGGAAACAUUAAGUAAUAAUCAGUGAUCACUCUCUUCAUUUCCAAAUGAGCCAAAGAGCCGUAUAUUUUACAGCCUUGUUAUUAGACGCCAUUUCAAAGCUGCUCCAACAAGGUUGUUCUUCAAUUUGACAACUGCAUCACUUAACAGUGGAGCUGGAAUGUGAUAUGCAAGCCUAUGAAACUUGAAUUAAAAACAAAAUAGGAGUACUACAGUAUAUGUCUCACUGUUUGGAUUAAGAAAAAAGCCAAACUGUGAGACGUACAGCUGCUGGUGAAGUUUUACAUUGUGGUAAUUUCAGUUUUAUGUACUGACACAGAUCUUUAAAGCAGUUUGCAAUGGUUGGACAUUAAUGGUGGCCUCUGUCUAACAUCAUGUACAGGACGUGAACAUUUCACAGUUCUUUCAUUACUUUAUGCUCCAACCAACAGCUUUCCUAUUCUCCUGCCUAUAACCAUCAGCUAUCUUUGGUUAUUACUGACAUUCAGUUUUAAAUAACAUGCCAACAGAACGCAGUGUGUUCAUUUGUCUUUGCUGAAGCCAAACAGGUAAACUCCUUUGGUAAAUAAGCACCUGGCUGGUAAGCUGUUAGAUAAUUAAUGUUGCAUCUGCUUUCAUUUUUCAUGCUGUUGCUUUAGUCUAUAGAUGUUAAUUACUGUGGCAUUCAUAAGGAUUCACCUCACAGCAACACACCGUUCUGUGUAUCUGAGGAGGAUGUUUGCGAAGCCUUAUCUAGCAGCUUGUUUGGUUUCGUGAUCACUCACUGUAGUGGUGUAAUAACUGAUGGUGUCUGAUUGUGGUGUGGCAGACAUGUUGGAGUGAUUGGGUUUCUAAAAAAAUAAAAAGAGCUUUAUAGUUUUGUUUUUCUUUCCUAGAGCUCUGGUGUUAAUAUGCGAUCAGGCUUCCAUGUUUACCUUUGUUGGAAUUUGAGAAGAUGAGUCACUCAAAAUAAAAUUGAACAAUUGAUGUUAAUUUGCGUGGGAUUUUUUUUUUUUCUUAGUUUGACAGGUAUUUUUUUUUUCUGAAAUACAUUUUUCACUGAUUCCAGUUCACCUGAUUUUUUUUUUUU